UCUACGGAUACUCGUCAAUUACAACUAAGAGCACAUGGUUUUGGAGUUUUGGAUACUUGCAUCUCGGAAAGAUAUUUUAGCCUAAAGAAGAUUCAUCAUGAAGACUAGAUCGAAGCCCGCUACUCGCAAGGCGGCCGUUAAAGGGGAUACAGAGACACAAUCGACUGCGACGAAGGCAUUAUCACCACGCGAUACCAAUCCUCCACGAGUCUUAAUAUUGCCUAAAGGAGCGUCAUCGCAAUCAAGGAUCAUCUCUCUACCACAUCCAGCCACUGCACAACCAAAUCGAUACCUUUGUUGUCCAGAGAAUGGGUUUUUCGAGUUCACAAGAAUAACAGCGCCGCGGAAAAUACCUAGUAGUUGGCUUAUCACACAUGGUCAAGAGUCGGAAAGUAGCACUGCUGCUACAAGAGGAGCAGAGACUGUGGUGCCCGAUCAAAAUGGAAACUCGAGUGAAGAGAAAAAAGGGGAUUGCAUUGAUGAUCCCUCGGCCUACAUUUCGCAAGAUGCGGAUUUGCUCAUCGCAACACGAUACGAUCCCGUCUUCUUUCUCCUACCAACAUUACAUCCACUAACAACGAACGCUCAACAAAAGAAUAUGUUCCUGUCAGACGAAGACUACCUCGACCUACUGGAAUCUACAUCUCGGCAAUGGAAGGAUGUACUUCGAGAUCCACCUACCAGAAGCAGAGUCUCUAAGACCAUAGAAACGAUCAGCGAUAUCGUUGAAGCAGGAGAAGAGAAAAUGUACCGCUGCUCGGAUCAGAAGAUAAUGGGGCUAUUGGUCACGCGAGCGAAGAGCAUGGUUGAGAAGGGCAUUCCCGCGUCUAUGGAAGAUCGAUUCGUUUCCCGGCCCCUCCAGGCGCCUUCCAGAAGGGUUCCGGUUCCGAGUCUCGAGAAACAGUCAUCUUCCAGCUCGGAGGACAAAGAAUCCUCCGUCGACUCUCAGAGCACGGUUUCGACUUCACAAUCAGCUAGCACAGCUGCGACGUCCAUCUUGUCCGAACAACCCGAGCCGCCAACACCGGCUGAGACGGAGACACCCGCAUCAAUUGUCCACCUGCAGCGCCUCCGUGUCGCUCUAGACCUUCUGCUGACAAACGUCCCACUUCCACUCUGUACACAUUUGAACACCCAACUGUCCUCUCCUUCAUCUCCGAUCGACUUCGCCCCCCUCACCUCUUAUCUCUCCCACGUCGCCUCGCUCCGUGCGGAGGUCGUAGCGCAAUCGAGCUUCGCGGAUAACGUGAGCCGCAAACGGGCGCUCGACGACAAUGAAGAGGCGGCGGAUCGGCGAGCAGAAAAGAAGCGGAAGAGCGAGGACGAGGAGAAGAAGCGGAAGACGGAGAGCCGAGGAGUAAAACAGCUGCGGAAGGUGGAUACGAGUGGCAUGAAGAAGUUGACGGGGUUCUUCAAGAAGGCGCCGGCGAAGGGUUGAACUCUGAUCGUGAUGCAAGCUGUUGGCUCAUGCGAAGCUUCUGAUUGCAUAUGGACGAGGGAGAUACCGCAUCUUCUGUCAGUCGAC